AUGGUGCUCAGCGAUAUGAUCGAGGUUAUGAAGAAGGACCAUAACUUUCACGCUACCAAAGCGCAAUACGUCCGGAAGCUGGAUCAAUGGCACAUGAAGAAAAAUUCGACAAACGAAAUGUGGAACUUUGCGGCGAACCAGAUCGAGAAGCGCAAGCUGCCGCUGGACAUGCUGCACCCGGAACUGCUCUUGUCGAGACGAGAAGCCCUGCUCAAUGUUGGUUUAGGACACCUAGUCCACUGA